GUCGAUUAACUAAAGCUACAAAUUUGGAUUAUGCAUUAAACACGCGUUACAGGUGUCGCGAACUUAAAAUUAUGAUGAGAGUGAUAGCUUUGUAAAAUGUCUGAAUACACUUACUCAAGUCUUCUAUAUUAGUAUUAAGAGUUUUAAGGACACAAAAAACAAACAAAAUAAGAACGCUCUGAAAACGUUGAAUUGUGUAAACAACUCUUAAUUGUAUUAUUUCUUUGUCAAAUCGUGUUAAUGGCGUCGGAAGAGAGCAUGGUGAUCAACUCUUCUUCGGUUUUAGACGAAGAUGAUUACGUCGACGAUAGUACAGAUCAUGAUGGCUUUCAUCAUUACUACCAGACAAGGCAAAAUAGUUUGUCUAGGUUAUCUAUCUGCACGAGCUCCUUCCACGAAGACGAUGAAGAUCAUCAUCAUCAUCAUCCUUCAGAGCUACUUGGUAAUUUCGUCUCUGCUCUGUCACUAGAGAGCUUGGACGAUGACGUCGGAGCCGAUGCCGACGGGGAAAUCUCCGAUGAUGGUGACGUUUCGGAUUCCGACAAGGAAUCUUCCGGGUUCUACUCUCUCCCGGAGACCACAUCUCACCGGAGAAGGAAACUCACGGUUUCCGGCGAUGGUACUAAUAAGUGUAAUAUAGUAAGUCAACGGAGAGAAAAGAGCAGAAGAGGGAAUCAGUACGGUCACGGGUUUAACGGCGUUGAGAGAGACAGCGACGGAGACGGCGGGAACCGUUACGGAGGAGGAGAAGAGUUGACGGUGCUAACGAAGGUGAUCAGAGGAGGGAAGAAGUCAAUGAAGAUGGGGUUUGAAGAAGUGAAAGCCUGCAGAGAUCUCGGGUUCGAUUUGGAAGUUCCGGGUCGGGUUUCUGUAUCCGGCGGGUCAAACAGGGAGACUCAGACUAGUAGUGGCGGCAACUCUCCCAUUGCCAACUGGCGUAUCUCAAGUCCUGGGGAUGAUCCGAAAGAGAUUAAGGCAAGAUUGAAGAUGUGGGCACAAGCGGUAGCUUUAGCUUCUGCAUCACGUUAACCUUCUUAUUACUUUCUUCUGUUUAGGGUUCGUCUUUCGAAAUUUCACCUUUUUUUUAUCCCCUUAGUCUUACGAGUAAAUAUUACGAGUUUUUUUUUCUUGUAUUGGUAACUCUGUUUCAUGGGUUUGUAAAUAUGAAAGCUACGUAUACUACUAUUGUUUCUUUGUAUAUUCAAAUAAAAACUACACAAUAUACUUGUAAAUAAACAAAUUCACGUGAAUUGAUUUUACCUCUUU